GCAAUCUGGAGCUGCCUCCCAACAUGGCGUCGUCGCGCGGCCGGCGCGCACCGCAGCUCGCGGCGCUGUGCCUGCACCUGGCCCUCGGCCUCGCACCGCCACCGCGACGAUGCCUGACGAAACUGUCGUCGACGCAGUCGUCGUCGACGCCCGGGUGGACGUACGGCAAGGAGGCGCCGACGAGCGACGCCUGGUGCUUCGUGCGGACCAUGGGCGAGGGGCGCGAGCCCUGCGACGUCGCCGACGAGACGUAUCUGCGCUGCACGGCCGCGGCGACCUACAAGGUGACCUGGAGCCGGCCCCCGCGGCGCGCGCUCGUGCUCGCGAAGAAGUCGAUGGACGACGCGGAGCUCCGGGUCGCGUCCGAGGUCGCGCGCGUGAUCGCGGGCCUGGGCAUCGACAUCCUCCUGGCCGAGCCGCUCUACAGCCGGGCCCGGGCGCGGCUCGCGGACCGGGGCAUCGCCGCGGCGCUCUGGGAGUCGGAGGACGACGGCGAGCGGCGGCCGGACUUCCUCGCGACGAUCGGCGGCGACGGGCUGCUGCUCUACGCGAACGCGCUCUUCCAGCGCACGGCGCCGCCACCCGUCAUCGCCUUCUCCGCGGGGAGCCUGGGGUUCCUCGCGCCCUUCGACGCGUACGACGAGAGCGCAGACGGGGGCGUCGAGAACGCGAUGGGCCUGGCCGCGGGGCUCGAGCGCGGCGCGUCGCGGCCGCCGCCGCCCUGGCCCGUGUCCCUGCGCAUGCGCCUGCGGUGCACGGUCUUCGACGGCGGCUCGGGCGACGUCCUGGCGCGGCACGAGGCGCUGAACGAGGUCGUCGUGAACCGCGGCGACUCCGAGUUCCUGUCCGCGGUCGAGUGCUUCUGCAACGACGAGCACCUGACGACGGCCCAGGCCGACGGCAUCAUCGUCGCGACGCCGACGGGGUCGACGGCCUACUCGCUGUCCGCGGGCGGGCCCAUGGUCCACCCGUCGGCGAACGCGAUGGUCUUCACGCCCGUUUGCCCCCACAGCCUCUCCUUCCGGCCCAUGGUCUUCCCCGACUCGGCGGAGCUCAAGUUCGUCGUCGACGGCGACGCGCGCGCCGACGCCUGGGCGACCUUCGACGGCCGCAACCGCGUCAAGCUCAAGCGCGGCGACGAGCUCGUCGUCACGCCGAGCCCCUACCCGCUGCCGACCGUGCUCCGCCUCGGCAACACGGCGGACUGGUUCGGCGGCCUCCGGACCCACUUCAACUUCAACGUCCGCGUGCGCCAGAAGCCCCUGUCCUAACCCCUAGCCGUC